AAAGACCCAAAGUCUCUGAAGAAUGAAUGAAAUUCAGGCUGCCUGUUGGAAUAAUACACCUGACUUGUUUAACAAAUCUUGGAGUGGAGGUCAUUACUAUCAGGUGAUCAGUGCAGCAGAAACAAUUAUCCUUCCUUCUCUAAUUGGGAUUAUCUGUUCUACUGGUUUAAUUGGAAAUAUCCUCAUUGUGAUCACUAUAAUAAGAACUAAAAAGAAAUCGAUUCCAGAUAUCUAUAUCUGCAAUCUGGCUAUAGCAGAUUUGGUUCAUAUCAUUGGUAUGCCCUUUCUUAUUCAUCAAUGGGCUCGUGGAGGAGAGUGGGUGUUUGGCAGCCCUCUGUGUACCAUCAUUACAUCAUUGGAUACAUGCAACCAAUUUGCAUGCAGCGCUAUUAUGACGGUAAUGAGUUUGGACAGAUACUUGGCUCUUGUCCAACCAUUUCGCCUCACCCGCCUGAGAACAAUAUCUAAGACCAUUCGAGUCAAUUUAUGCCUAUGGAUAGCUUCUCUUAUUCUGGUAUUUCCUGCAUGGGUCUACACAAAAGUAAUCAAAUUCAAAGAUGGUUUGGAAAGUUGUGCUUUUGAUUUAACAUCACCUGACCACGUACUUUGGUACACACUUUAUCUGACUAUAACAACUUUCUUUUUUCCUUUACCACUGAUAUUCGUUUGCUACAUUCUAAUUUUGUGUUACACAUGGGAUAUGUAUCAGCAAAACAAGAAAGCAGGAUGUUACAACACCGGUAUCCCAAGACAAAGAGUCAUGAGACUAACCAAGAUGGUGCUUGUGCUGGUUGGCGUGUUCGUAGUAAGUGCUGCCCCAUACCAUGUGAUACAGCUUGUGAAUCUGCGCAUCUCUCAGCCAACACUGGCAUUCUAUAUGAGCUAUUACUCUGCAAUCUGCCUCAGCUAUGCCAGCAGCAGUAUUAACCCUUUCCUUUACAUACUGCUUAGUGGGAACUUCCAGAAACGUCUGUCUGAGUCCACAAGCAUCAAAGUCAAGAUGACAGAACGGGAAGUAAAUAAUAUUGAAAACACAAUGAAGUCAAGCUUUUAGAAGAUUAUAUUUCUUGGAGAGUAAUGUCUUACCUAUGUGUUUGUUCCAGUGGUUAAAGUAGAGUUGGCCUGAUUCCCUUCUCAUUUACAUUGAUGUAAUUCAGUAUGUUACACCAGCUGCACCAGUGUGAAGCUAGUGCAAGAGGGAAAUCAGAUUUAUCAUUUGGAUGAUUAGAGAAUGUGCAGAAAGACUUUGUUCAAAAGUAUUUUUGUCAUUGUAUAGUUGUCUUCUAAUUAUGAAUAGAACAUGGGCCAAAAGGCCAAAAUGGAUUGUUAAAAAUAUGCAGUUCACAGGAUAGAAGGUCUCUGCCUGAUAAGUUCACAUAUUCAUUCAAUAUCCAUCAUUGUAUGCAAGGUAACGGAAACAAGGAGUCAGUGAAAAAAAUAACAAGCAAAAAAAAUCAACUACCUGUGAGCCAGAAGUUAGCAGCCAUCAAUACAUGCAGCAUACAUACAGCAGUCUGCUUUGGUGCUCACUCUCACUGUUAUAAGAGUCUACAAGAUGGAAGAGACAAAGAAGGAAAGGAACUUCUUGGAGG